UAAGAAGGAUAAUAUUAUUGAAUUUCUCUGUUUGGUGAUUAAUGCAUUAUAGGCCAAGCCAUUCACUAGCCAUCUCUGCUCUCUCUGGUUCCUUCCACUAAUGGCUACUUUCUCUGUGACAAACACCGCUUCACCAUCUCCAUGCCUUCUUCAACCACACCCCUCUUCAUCUUCAUCCUAUCUACAUGUCUCACUGCCAUAUAAUCGAAAAUCUGGGGUUUCCGGGAUGCUGGGACUCCGAUCAUUUCCCUUCAAUUGGAGGAGGAGGAGAACUUUAAUGCGUGCAGUCAAUCAAGAUGCUGAAGAAGCAACUGUUGAAACUGAUAGUCCAAUUGAUGUGCUUCGAAAAACGGAUUCUUACCAAGAUGGAAGUAGAACUAUUUCCACGGUGUGGGACACAAGUAUUGAAGCCUGGUCUCAAUUCGCCAGGAGAGUCUCUGGUGAGUGGGAUGGAUUUCGAGCAGACUUCAGUAAUGAAGGAAAGGCAAUUGAACUACCCGAGUCCGUGGUGCCUGAAGCAUACCGAGAGUGGGAGGUUAAAGUAUUCGAUUGGCAGACUCAGUGCCCCACUCUUGCUGAACCAAAGGAACGUGUUCUUCAAUAUAAAUCCAUUCAGUUACUUCCAACCGUGGGAUGCGAGGCUGAUGCUGCUACACAGUACAGCGUGGACGAGAGGAAAGUGGGAGAAGGAAUUAGUGGACUUACUGCCUUUGCUUACCAAUCCAGUGGUUCUUAUGUUGCUGUCUGGCAAAAGAAAGAUAACUUACUAGAAUUGGAGUGCUGCAUGGUCAAUCCUCAAGAUUGUGAAUCUCGGGUUAGGGUUAUUCAGUUUGUCAAUGUAUUGAAUAACACAGAGAUGGUGCUACAGGGGAUUAGAGUAUUUCGUGAACAGUGGUACGGGCCAUUCAGAAAUGGUGAUCAACUAGGAGGUUGUGCUAUCCGUGAUUCUGCCUUUGCUUCUACUGCACCCACGAUUGCUUCUGAUGUUGCUGGUAUCUGGAAGGGAUCUACUGCUGUCGCCAGUUUUAGCACUCCAAAUACUGGGAUCCUUCAAGAGCUUUUUGAUGAGAAAGUACAGGACUCUGUCAGAGAUGGAGACAGCUAUAUAUUACUUCCUAAGCAGCUGUGGUGUUCACUUAAACAAAGCAAGGAAGGUGAAACACUGAGUGAAGUGGGAUGGCUUUUAGAUCAUGGACAGGCAAUCACAUCAAGUUGCUUAUUCUCAAACACUGCAAAGCCACAGGAAAUAUCAUUAGCAUUAGAAACUAGAGCUUUGGAAUAUGCAUAGCAGGCUAUAUUGGCAACCCAUUCUGAUCCAAAUUUCUCUACAAAAGACAGUACUAUCCAAGGUGAUUUAUUCAAAUAUGAAUAAUGUUAUAAUUAAGAGUGAAAGAUAGAAAAAUAAAAACAAAGAAGAGAGAGUUUCUAUAAGAUUGUAAUUAUAAACUAAAAGUUUUCCGUAUAUAUAAUUUAUAUUUCAUGGCAGAUGUUUGAUCAUAUGUACUAUUUAUAUUUUUUAAAGAAUGUUUCUUGAAUUAGUAUUAA